AUGGUGCGCACAAACAAAGGACCGCGCUACCCCCCGCCGCCGCUCUUCCCCGCAGUAAAAGCCGACAUCCCCGCCAUACUCGCCAUCUGGCUCGCCGCUAGAGCGCCGGAUCUCCUCGUCCAAACCGUCUCCCGGCCUGACGAACAAGCACGCUUGACCUUAUUUCUCAACGAACGAUUCUCCAACCCCCUUGCCUCAAUCAUAAAAGCUGUCGAUUGGAAAGAUCCUAAUCGCAUUACCGCCGUUGGGAUCUGGGAGAAGAAGAACUACUCCUCCCCUUCACCCUCUGGAUGCUUGGAAGCUAGUGUGAGUGGGACUGAGAAUGGGGGCGGGAAAUGCUGCGGUGGCUUUUUGAUAUCUGGAAAUGGAAAUACGAAGGAAGGGGAAAAGAGGACGCCAAUCGAAGACUUCAUCCGCGACCGACAACUGGCGUUUAACGACACCUGGCCUAAUGGUGUAAAGCACAUCGAGCUUGUGCUCCUUAUGACUGACCCUGCGUUCCAGCGCCGAGGGAUCGGGACCGCGCUGCUGAAAUGGGGAUAUGCGCUUGCGGAUGCGGAACAAGUGCCGUGCUUCUUGUGUGCGAGCCCGUUUGGGUGGCCGUUGUAUAGGGCGUUGGGGUGGCAUUAG